UAUUAAUCAUAUGAGUUAAAAAAAAUUGUCAAACCAAAUUAGAAACAAAAAUUUUCAAAUUUUGUCCCAGAGCAGCCAACAGCUGUUUGCUUUGGAACAUGAAGCCAUUUUCACAAUUCCUAGUUUCAUACUUCCAAAACUACCUCUGUCAUCUCACACAAAAUGCCCAAACUAUCCUUAAUUGACCACCGGGUCGGCGUCGAUGAUUGGUGGCAGGUUGUAACCUGGAAGGAAGACAUUCUGGUAAAACGACAACAGACAAAACUGAAUAGUGACAGCCAGAUGUAAACUCACUCACCUCUCAGUCUCACAACACUCCACCGGCUACUGCCGGUCACUUUGGUUUGAUCUUUCCCUCCAUCAUGUUCAACUAUCGGCCCUUUCUUUCUUUUUUCUUGAAUGUCGUACACUGACAAAUAUACCCCAUUUUAUAAAUAUAUUUUUCUUCUUCUCCUCAUUUUCUCGUUUCAUUUUCUCGUCCUCAGUCUUCUCCUUUCCGUGUCUUGUACUCUGCACACCAUUUUUUUCUCUGCUGAUCUGAAAAACAAACCCUAAAGUUUGUUUUUUUCUUUUUUUGAUUCCAAUGGAAUACCAGAGAGCUUCGGCUGCUACGGCUUUCUCUAAGAAACUUAGUAAUGGUCACAGCUUCAACGGUAAAAACAUGUACGACGGCGUUUUUGGUGGUCAAAGUAAGGUAGGAUCGAGAGUUGAAGAUUAUGAGGAGAUAUUUGGUGGCGGUUCCGGUUCUUCGAUUCCGGUUCUUGAUGCUCCUGAGCUGAACGAGAGGAAGUUCUCAGUCGAUGUUUCGAGCUCGAAACUUGAUUAUUCCAACAUUUUUGGCAGUUUUGGAGACUUUGAUUUUGUUGUUUCUCAUGAUGAAUUCAUUGCUAAGCCAGCAAGAGAUAAAAAGACACCAACUGAGACAAGAUCAGAUUCAGAGGGGUCAUUCUCGUAUCCUUCGACCAUUCCUGUGGGGAAUCAAGUUUUGUCGGGUGAUCAAACCUACCAUGAAUCUGGUAAUGGUGUGAAGCAGUUCAAAAUGUCAAUUAAUAAAAGCAGCCCUGGAAGCAAAAAUGGGACAAAUGGAACAACACAUGUAGCUCAGCUUCAUGCUGUUCCUGGUUACAUUUGUUUAGUUGAUGAAAGAAUCACUCCAUCAAGUGACAAGCCAGUUCCCUCUGUUGUAAAUGAGCCAUGCCAGACCAACAAUUUUGGUGAGAGGGUAAUGGAAGGCUUGCAGUGUAAGAAACCGGUGUCCAAUGUUCCACCUAGUGGUGUUAAUAAACAGACUUCGAAAGGUGUUAAUGAAUUGCAUAGCGAAUCUAGAAGUAAUGGAUAUGAUUUUAAUGAUGUAUUAUUUGGUUCUAAUGAUGUUGGCCGUAGAACACCUCCUUCGAAAGUGACACGAGCUUCAAGCAUGUUAAAUAACAUGGGUGGUAGUAAACGUAAUUCUUUGAAGUUCUGGGUAUCCAGGAGUCAUUCUUUAGAUGAUGAUGCAGGUGUUUUGACUCCCCCUUACUUUGAUGAUGAAGUGGAUGCAAAUUCAGUUGCUGCUACUUCUGCAGCUGCAGUGAAGAAGGCGAUAGAGGAGGCCCAAGCCAGGUUAAAAAUCGCAAAAGAAAUGAUGGAAAGAAGAAAAGGUCAUAUAGGUCAUGGCAAACCAAGCUUUAAUGGUAGUUUGAAAGCUAAGGAAAGAACGAUGGGUAAAGAUACUGUCAAACAAAAUAAUUUCAGUCAAGAUAAGGCUCAGGAGACAUGUGAAAAGAUAUUGUCUGUACAAACUUCUGCUGGAGUAGGAAAGCAAAAUGUGAUGAAAGUUUGCCAAGUGGCCGUUGAAUCAGAAGAGAGGGAGAAAAGUUUCAUUGCCAGGGAAGCUGCAGGAGGAACUUAUGCUAAGAAUUUCAUGUCAUCACAAGCUGAUUGCAGGCAAGAAGUGGAAAAAAUGGAAGCAGUAAAAGAGGGAGAAAGAGAAGAUGAUGCAAUGCAGGCUCUGAAUAAUUAUGAAGGAGAAGAGAUGAAAAUCAUUGAAAAACCAGAAAAAUAUGGUGAGAAAUCAAAACAUGUUGAAGAUGCACAGGAGUAUGAGAGGAAACCAGAUGCAUCAAAAGAGUUAUGCCGUAAGGAAGCAUGUCUGCACAAAUUGAAGCCAGAUGUAGAGUUUGAUGAUCGGAAAGAAGAAACUGAACUAAGAUUUUCUGAGCAUUGGGAAGAAACUGAAGAGAAUUGUGAAAGAAAAUUGAAAGAUCCAGAGAAACCGACAGAAGAUGAGAGAAAAAUUGAAAUGCAAGAAUUAAAGGAUACUGAUAAUCUGGAGAGACCAGCAGUUGCUCAGGAAUGGGUAGAUACGGAGGAGAAAUACAAGCAUAUGCUUAAACAGGAAGAAAAUGGUUCUGCUUUAAGAGAUGUUUUUGAGAAGGAAGAGAAUGAGAUGCUACUACAAGAUGUGUCUAUACGGAAAGAGUUUGAGAAGAUAUAUGAAGAGGCUUUUGAGAUAUUGGAACUGGAGAGUGAACAGAGGGAACAUAAAGAGGCUCGUGCACCAGAAGAAAACAAUGAAGAAGAAGAAGAAGAUGCUUGCAAUAGAGAAGACAAUGAGCAGAUAUCAGACAAAAUGGAGAAUCCAGAAAUAAUUGAUCUUAGGCAUAUUGAUUUUGAUUAUGACGAAGAAAGGAAGAGGAGACUUGAAGAAAACAGUGAUUCAUUGGGGAAUGAGGUAUUUAUGGAGGCGGAAGAGAAUGAAGAAUUGUUUAAAGAUGCUUAUCAGAUGGGGAAUGAGGAAUUUAUGGAGGCUGAAGAGAAUGCAGAUUUGUUUAAAGAUGCUUAUCAGAUAGAAGCGGUGGAGGAGGGACAAAAAGAGGCUCUUGAGAGGCUGGGAACUGAAGAGAUGCAAAAACAGAGUGAUAAAAAAGCAGAUGAGAUGACAGAAGCAAGAGAAGAUGCUAUAGAAUGCUGUCAGGAAGAUCUUGAAGCAGCUAAUGAUGAACACAAUGACAAUGAAAUCAACAACCUAUGUGAAACUCUGGAACCCUCAAUUAAUGAAGACGGCAGUGAAAAAGAGGCUCCUGAGAGGCUGGGAACUGAAGAGAUGCAAAAACAGACUGAUCAAAAAGCAGAUGAGAUGACAGAAGCAAUAGAAGAGGCUAUAGAAUGCUGUCACGAAGAUCUUGAAGCAGCUAAUGAUGAAUUCGAUCACAAUGAAAGCAACAACCUAUGUGAAACUCUGGAACCCUCAAUUAAUGAAGACAGCAGUGAAAAAGAGGCUCCUGAGAGGCUGGGAACUGAAGAGAUGCAAAAACAGACUGAUCAAAAAGCAGAUGAGAUGACAGAAGCAAGAGAAGAUGUUAUAGAAUGCUGUCAGGAAGAUCAUGAAGCAGCUAAUGAUGAAUACGAUGACAAUGAAAUCAACAACCUAGGUGAAAUUCUUGAACCCUCAAUUAAUGAAGACAGCAGUGAAAUGACUGCCGAGCUGCUUGUAAAUGAAGAAAAUGGAGGGAUAGCAGAAGGAAGUAAAGCUUAUAGUGAAUGUAAAGAAACUAGAAGAGAUUCAGAAGCAGUUGAAGUAGAUAAUGACUUGGAGGAAAGCCUAGCAUUUGAUAAGGCUGACUUGGUUGAAAGCAACUUGAAACUCAAUGAGAUUGAGCAGCAAAAGGAAAAUACAAAGGAGGCUUUUGAUUUUUACAGGUGCGAUAUAGAUAUUGAUACAGCAGACGUAACUUUUGAGCAAAACCAAUAUGAGCAGCAUUCCAGAGAGUGUGAAAUAAUCUGGGCCAUGGAAAAGAAUGUUGAAGAACUGGUUUGUGAAUCAGAAGAAGACGCCAGGGAGGCUGAAUUUGGGUUGAAACAAGAAGAGAACAAGUAUAACUUUGAAUUCUCUGAUGAGGAAAGGUUGGUUGAUUCUCAGCUACAUUGUAAAUUUGGAGAGAAACUUGAAACCACACACGUAGCUUAUGACACUGAAACAAGCCAAAGUGCAGAAUACAAUGAGAGUCAUCAUGAAACCUUGAUGAAGGAAGAGAGGGAAACCAAAAUUUCUUGUCAGGGAGAAGUUAAGCUAGUGAAGGAACAACAAAGAAGAGUAGAUGAAACAAAAGAGAGGGAAAGGGAAAGAGAAAAGGAGAGAAUAGCUGUUGAAAGAGCAAUUCGUGAAGCUCGUGAAAGAGCCUUUGCAGAAGCCCGUGAAAGGGCUGUCGCUGGAAGAACAAAUGUAGAAGCACGGCGUAAGGUAGGGCGUGAAGCCCAAGGAGAGUCCACCAAACCUUCUGCAGGGGCCAAUGAUAAGACUAUUAUGGAAGCCAAACUUAAAGCUGAGCGUGCUGCGGUAGAGAGAGCAACUGCAGAGGCCCGGCAGCGUGCCCUAGAGAAAGCGUUGUCCGAGAAGGCUUCCUUUGGAGCCAGAAAACAGGCUGAAAAGUUCUCUGAUGCAAAGCAGAGUUUCCAAUCUAAUGACUCACAUUACAAAGGCUCAUGUCCUCCUGCAACUGGCAAAUAUCCUGAUUCUACAAAUCAGAGUGGUUCAAACUCAUCUGAGGGGUUGGAUCGAGCUACUGGUGAGUUAACUCAAAGAUGUAAAGUUGACUUGGAAAAGCAUCAAAGGACGGCAGAACGAGCAGCCAAAGCUCUUGCAGAGAAGAACAAGCGUGAUAUUCUUGCUCAGAAAGAACAAGCUGAAAGAAAUAGGUUAGCGGAAACUCUGGAUGCUGAAGUCAAAAGGUGGUCAAGUGGGAAGCAGGGAAAUAUUCGUGCACUACUAUCUACAUUACAAUACAUCCUUGGCCCAGAUAGCGGUUGGCAGCCGAUACCACUGACAGAUGUCAUAGCCACUGCAGCCGUAAAGAAAGCAUACAGAAAAGCUACGCUUUGUGUUCAUCCUGACAAGUUGCAGCAACGAGGUGCAAGCACACAGCAAAAAUACACUUGUGAGAAAGUUUUUGAUCUUCUAAAGGACGCGUGGAACAAAUUUAGUGCAGAAGAACGGUAGAGAUUCACUUUCGUGGAGGCUACAAUGAUGGUUCCCUCCCUAGUACACGAAGAAAGGACAUUUAGUUGCCCAAGAGAGAAAGAUGUUGGUAACAGAUUAUUGACAGUCUAGCAAUGUACUGCUAUUGAAAUUGGAUGAAAAUAUUUGAUAAAUUUAAACCAGAAUUAAAAGUUUCAAUGCCCUAAUACCCAUGAAAGAAGUUA